GAAGACUUAAAGCUGACAGAGGAAUGAUCUCAUUGUGUGAGUGCAGGCAAGGGACCAUUCACUGCACAAUGAUGGGUGGCACAAAGCGAAGGAUGGUGAUCUCCACCUCGGUCGGAACGAGAAGCCUCCUUAUUCUGGGGUUAGUUUCUGCCCUUUCACAGGUUUGCUGCGUGGCUCCCGAGGUGAGUUCCAGAGUGAAGUGGGCAGCCGAGAAUGGGAGCAACGUCUCCACAACAGAUCGAGGAGGGAAGCUUGAGACGGGGGCUUCGCCGCCUGCUGGGCUGCCUGCUGCUAACAGAUCCCUGAGGCAGGCACUCGAUGUAGCGGGUGGAGUGAGUAAAGGCAGCACCAGGCAGAAGUACCCAUCCUACAGCAGGAUUGGAGGCAGCAAAGUCAGCUUUGAGACGGCCAGGGGGAAAAACUGGUGCGCGUAUGUCCACACAAGACUCUCUCCUAUGGUGGUGAUGGAGAACGUGCAGACUCACAUAUUGUUACCAUCAAGGUCAUGUAUCUUUAACACGGGAAAAUGCCAGAGCAGGCAUCAGAUUCAGAAUCAACCCACUUACAGAAUAAAACACAAGAUAGUGACGUCAUUGAACUGGAAAUGCUGCCCUGGAUAUAUUGGAGCUGACUGUCAACCUAAAGAUUCUUUGAAGAGACAAGCGGAGGAGAACCAAGCUGAGAGUCAGAGAACGGGUGCAGAUCUCCCCAAGUAUCCUCAACCCCACUAUGAUCAAGCAUUGGCAAGAAAAUUCAAUGACAAGCUGUACAAUCAGGAAAUCAAACUGGGUCUUCUCCAAAAGAAGGUUGUAAACAUUUCUGCCAACGUGAACAAUGUCCAGAGUCUGCUGUACUCUCUGGAGGGCAAGAUAAAUGAAAAUAAUGGGAAAGAUCUUCAGUCAACCUCAAAAGGUAACAAACCAAGAGGAAUUCAGGAGCUGGUGAAAGACUUGGUAUCACAACAGAUUCAGUCUCUUCAGAGAAACAUGCAGGAGACAGUGGCUGAGCUGUACAAAACCAUCUCCAGUGUAAGCGAGGAGCUUCAGAGCACUAAAGGAGCAAUCAGAGAGUUAAAUGGGACCCUUCUGCUGCUAUCUGCCGAUCUCCACCCCACAACAGUGGAGCACAAGCAGCCACCUCGAUCAGAACUCCACGAAAUUCAGGAGCAAAUGAGGGUGCUCAGAGCUGAUGUGUCACUGGCCUGCCACAACACCUCUCUGGAGAUGAAUGAAAAGCACAAAUCUCUUCAAAGGCAAAUGGAAGGGGAAUAUGAGAGAAUUGGCGCUCUCUUGGAAACCAUGAACCAAACCUUUUCGUUAGCCAGAGAGACCCCGGAGCUGCAUCUGUCCAAUCAGACGCUCCAAGAUGUCCCUGAGCAAGAUGGAGCCCAGAUGGAGGGAGGCCUACAGAGGUAUCUGGUCAACAUUACGGAGAAUGUGAAAAUGCACGGCCGUUUGAUUUUGCAAUUGAACGGUGAAGUGAAUGCUCAUAAGCUGUCUCUCUUCAAUUUGACAGCGGCGAACAGUCAGGAGAAACUGGAGAUGAGAAUCUGCCAAGCAAUGGUUGACGAAUGCAAGAGUACGUUGGGUUUCAGACUGGAUCAAGUGGAGAACGAAGUUCUUGAUUUAAACAAGACAUUCUCUGACACCUUCAUCCCAUUAAUGGACUUCCUUGAAUCAAUGAAUGAGAGGAUUAGCAAUCUGUCGUAUGAUGUUGAAAACAUCCAGCCGAUCUUUGGAGAUCGAGGGUCAUCUCCCGAGACAAGCACAGCUUAUUCUGAGCAAAUGCAAAGACAGGGCCUUGAGGAACGCCUGGACCAUCUCAGUUCCAAGGUUACAAGCCUCAGUGUGUUUGUCAGAAGCACGGUGGGAGCACAGUUGCUGAGGAACCAAAGCCAAGGUGGCGAAGAAUCACUGAGGGAGGCUCUGGCUGAAUGCCGCUUUGAAAUUGAGGAUGGAUUGAAUGACACAAUGACCGUCAUAAACGAUGCUGUGGAUACCAUGCGAGAUGAUUACUACAUCUUGAAAAAUAACGUCACCGAUCUGUGGAGUUACAUUUCAGAAGUGUUUUCUGAGAGCACCGUCAAGCAGAAUCAUGUGUUAUCUCUCCUCCCACAGUUUGCUCAGCUGAAUGAGUCUUUUAAGGUCCUCGUGACUUACGUAGCAAGGCACCAGAAUGCUUUGGAAAUGAUGGGUCUCCUUCAGGGUAUAAAAGACACGGAGAUGCUCGUUCCCCCAAUUAUGAUGAAUCUUCCUCAGUUGCUGAACACAACCACAGCCAACAUUGAGGAGUUCCAACAGAGGAUUCACCGACUGGAGCAAGUCAGUAAUUUCUCCUCUCCAGACACCAUGGAUUACCAUUCACGCAUACUGGCCCUUGAAUCUUUGCUGAGCUCGGCACCGGCGAGCUCCAAGCCUUCGGGGAAAGUCAAGUCCAAACCAACGCCGGGAGCCAAGGUCCAGACCGAGCCUCCGAAGUUCCAGCAACUGAGCCGCAAGGUGUCGGGGCUUCAGGCCAAGUUGACUAAACUGAACACGGUGAUCGACCGCGUAAAGAAGGAGUCGGACCAGACCCGGGGACUGUGCCUGAACCUGUCGCUGCUGCUUGCUCACGUCAACGCCAGCGUCCCGCGGCAUACGGCGCCGGAGGCACUGCCCAACGUCACGGCCCUUCAGCAGGAUCUCAGGGAGUUCGUGAGGACUACCAGCUGGGUCACCGCCGAGAUCGUCUUCACCAACAUCACCAUGCUCUUGGACAGAGCCAUUUCUGUUGUUGCCAGGAACAUUACUAAGAUCCAGAAACAAGUGAAGCUGUUGUUCAAGAGGCCAAAAGUUAUCAACAAAGCCAAUAUCACAGUCAAUUCCGGAAGAAGUCAAAGAUAUACGGACAAAAUCGUUGAUCCAGUGGAGUCUGCAAGCUGUGUCAGUGCCCCUUGCCAGAAUGGAGGGACAUGUAUUAAUCAAAGAAAAGGUUUUGUGUGUGCCUGCCGCCCCCCAUUUGGUGGUCCCAGCUGUGACAUUAAACUGCUGGAUGAAAAUGCCAUGAAGACAGAUUUUACCAAGGGAUCGUACAGGUACGUUCCAAUGGUGACGUUCUUUGUAGCACACACCUACGCGAUGAAUACCUCCGGCCCGAUCAGGUUUAACGAUCUCUACGUCAACUACGGAGCUUCCUAUGCACCUGGAAGCGGGAAGUUUUCAAUCCCGUUCCUUGGGGUGUACGUCUUCAAGUACACGAUCGAGUUCUGCAGCCCACACCUGUCUGGCUACCUGGUGGUCGAUGGGGUGGAUAAAUUGGCCUUUCAAUAUGAAGAUAAGAACAACGUGGUCUCCAGCAGCAGAACUGUCACAGGCGACGCUGUUCUAGAACUUAACUACGGGCAACGCGUUUGGCUAAGAUUGAAGUCAGGCUCAAUUCCAGCAAAGUUUCCACCUGUGACAACGUUUGGUGGUUAUCUAUUGUAUCGCACAUAAAAUAAAAUCUCACUUUCCCAUGCUGACCUUUCUGUCCUGGGCCUCCUCCACUGUCAGAGUUAAGCCAAAUGGAAAUUGGAGGAACAGCACCUCAUAUUUCGCUUGGGCAGCUUACAACCCAGUGGUAUGAAGAUGGAUCUCCCCAACUUCAAGUAACCCUUGCUUUCCCUCUCUACCUGUCCCUCUGCUACCAUUGUCAGCCCACUAGUUUCACUGUUGGCCUGCUCAGUUUCACUGCUUGUAUCCAACCGUUAUCACCUCCACGGCCAACAAUGGACUUUUGUGGGCUCCACCUUUCCUUGAUCAUCGUUGCUGGCUUUGAUUUCUUCUUUGCAUACCUUUCAUUCAAUUGUUCUUUGUACCUUUUCAUAUCUCUUGUUUCCCUCUCCCCUGACUCUCAGUCUGAAGGGGGGGGGUCUCGACCCAAAACCUCACCUAUUCCUUUCCCCCCCAGAGAUGUUGGAUGACCCGCUGAGUUACUCCAGCAUUUUGUGUCUAUCUCAAAGAAAAUGAUACCACGCACACCUAAAAUUGGAAGUCAUAAUUAGCAAUAAAACAGGUCUUAAUUGCCAUUAAUUCUAUAGUGUACUGUUCUGUGUCUUUUUUCUUUUUUUCUUUUUUAUUUUAUAUGGAUUUAUUGACAUUUAAUCUAUUCAAUUAGUUUAAUCAAUCUCUGUAAAGCACUUUGGUUCAAAGUGAUUUUGUUUAAAAGUGCUAUAUAAAUAAAUAUUUAAAAAAAUAAAAAAAUUAAUGUAUCUGCUUUAAUCACACAACCAAAUUGGCAUAUGGAUAAAGGUAGAAACAAAGAACUACAGAUGCUGGUUUAUACUAGAGGUAGACACAAAUUGUACACUGUGGACGGCUCGAUUGUGAUCAUGUAUUGUCUUUCCACUGACUGGUUAGAAUGCAACAUAAGCUUUUCAUUGUAGGUACACAAAAAUGCUGGAGAAACUCAGCGGGUGCAGCAGCAUCUAUAGAGCGAAGGAGAUAGGCAACGUUUCGGGCCAAAACCCUUCUUCUGACAACGUUUCAGCCCGAAACAUUGCCUAUUUCCUUCACUCCAUAGAUGCUGCUGCACCCGCUGAGUUUCUCCAGCAUUUUUGUGUACCUUCGAUUUUCCAGCAUCUGCAUUUCCUUCUUUAACAGCUUUUCGUUGUAUCUUGGUACACGUGACAAUAAACUAAACUUCAACUCAAUUGCUGGAGUAACUCAAUAGAUCAUGUACCAUCUCUGGAGACAAAGGAUGGGUGACGUUUUGGGCUGUUGGUAAUGUUGCCUGACAUGCUCAGAUAUUCCAUAUAUUUACCUUUGACAUAUAGAUGUGCAAGGAACGAGGAAUAUGGACUAUGUGCAGGUCAAUAAGAGAUGGACAUUGUUUGCCGAAGGGCUUGUUCAUGUGCUCUGUGUUCGAUGUCCCAGUGUCAUAUUAAGUAACUUUUCCUACAGAAUUAUUAAACCGAUAUGCUCAACAUACACACUCUGUUGGAAUGUAAGUGAAAUCCAUUGGAUGCUUGUGAUUUGCUUUGUGCUCUCCUGCAAUAAACUUGAUGGGAGUCAGAAACUUACGUAACAUCAUGAAUCAGUACCAGCAUCUCCAAACUCUA